CGGAUGUGCUCUCUCGUUACAUGUCAAUGCCUCCGAUUUUCCUUUACCGCUUCAUUUCACUUCACCCUCGCCAUCAUUCACUGGAGAGUUCUCUCGCUGUCCGUCUGUAUAACGCACCAUGGCAGACCCGGAACCUACACCAGAGCAGCUGAAAGAGAUUGCAGCGAGCAUUGAUGAGGUCGAAAACCCCAUCGGCUACAAAGCUCCCGCCCAGAAGAGCUUACAGGAGAUCCAGGAGCUGGACAAAGACGAUGAGAGCCUGCGCAAGUAUAAGGAGACACUGCUGGGUCAAACCAGUGUGAAUACAGAUCCCAGUGUUCCUAAUGUCCAGGUGACACGAAUGACUCUGCUAUGUGAAACGGCGCCACAAAAUCUGGUCCUUGAUCUAACAGGAGACCUGGAGGCCUUCAAGAAGAGCCCAUUUACGCUGAAGGAGGGUGUUGAGUACAAAAUGAAGAUCAACUUCAAGGUCAACAAAGAGAUCGUGUCAGGCCUGAGGUACAACCAGGACUCAUUCAGGAAAGGAAUUAGAGUGGACAAGUCGACCCACAUGGUCGGUAGUUAUGGGCCCAGACCAGAAGAGUACGAGUACGUCACCAGCAUGGACGAGGCUCCCAAAGGCAUAGUGGCCCGUGGCUCCUACACCAUCAAGUCCAAGUUCACCGAUGACGACAAGCAAGAUCACCUCUCCUGGGAGUGGACCCUCGCGAUCAAGAAAGACUGGAAAGACUGAUUCCUCAACGUCAUCCUUCUUCACUGUCCUCCUGCUUUUUCCCUCUCUUUCUCUCUCUCUCUCGUGUUGUCAUUCCUGGAUUAUUUGUUGAUCUAAGCUUUUGCUCUCUCCGUCCAUCAAUUACUUUGAUAUCCCGUUUUAAAUUCCAGUCACUUCCUCAUUCCUCCCACAGAAACACUGAAUUUGUUUGCACCCAACUUUCCUCAUGAGUAUUAAACCUUAAAAAAAAUGGAGAAAGCAAACACUGUGGACAAUCCAGAUUUUGCAGUUAUGGUUUGUUUGGAAAAAAAAAAAAGUUUUAGAGAAAUUGUGAACUGUUCUUGGAUAACACAUCUGAUUUCCUUUUCCCCAUUGCUGCUUUCUUUUCCACUUCCCUCUCUUACUUUCUUGCAGUGUUUCAGAUUGUUUUGUAUGAUUACCAUGAUCUGCCUUGGCAAGCAUAUUAUAGAAGGCAGUACUGCUGUUUGUAUGUGGUCACUGUACGGUGUUUGCGUAACCUUUGCUGGACACAGCUCUUGGAUUCAGUCAUCCUAAAGCCUUUGAGCAGAUUAUUUGUACCAGGGUCUUGGAAAAUACUUUGGAAUUUAGGCCAUACCUUUUUCAGAUGGUUAAGCAUCCUGUAAAGUCUGCUGAGAGAACGGGGAAAUAAAAGUACCUAUAAAGUACCUAUACCUUGCUUUAGAUUUGUGUUCCUCUCAUGAACAGGGUAUUUUAGCAGCCAUGUGGCUCCCAGGAACAAAUGGAAGAUCUAAUUGAACCGUUUGCCUUCAGAACGUAUUUGCCAGCCCGUCUUGUGAGCCUAUUUUUUUUUAACAAAACUUGUACUGUUAUUAAUAUAUGGGCAGGGAACAUGACUUCUUGAUGCCUUUAUUUCAGGUUUAAUGAUUUAUAAAAAGCCAUUUCUUAUCAAUAAAUGUACAACAUAUCAGCUCCAUUUACCCUUUUCCGUCAUUUACACACUAUCUCCAUAUCAGUACUGUUAUGUCUUAACAACUCUAAAUAGGACUUUGCAUCAGUCUCCUGUCCAGAGCAUCUGAGGCCAAGUUUUACAUAAGUUCUUUCCUAGAUCAAUCACAAGGGCUGUUAAACUGCUUACCUUAUACGUAUCUACUUCACCGUUAUCAAUGCUUACUGUGCCUCCAGUCUUAUGUGACCACAUGCUGCUCCUGCUGACCUGGUGCUCAGGAUCAGUGAGGUCACACGUCUGUAAUUGACUUCUGAAAAAAAUGCGGAGACAUUAUUCCUCAACCCGACACCAGUGGCUAACGUCAUGCUGUAGAAAUUUUUCUCUUUUUUAUAUAUAUAUAUGUGUGUAUAUAUAUAUAUACACACACACACUCCAUGAGUAUUUGAAUGGUGUCUGCGUCUGCAGCUUCAUUCAGCUCUCAGCAGGCAUCAGUGAUUGUUUUCCUCUGGGUUGGGUUUGACUCGGUGUGUUCUACUUGUAUUUCCAACAGUUUACUGAUAUCCUGUGCUCACAAUAAAGUGUUCAGACUGAG